AUGAUAUUACCUCCAGAAAUAGUCUACGAGGUCUUAACGUUCCAGUUCUAUGACCUCAUGUCCAACAAUCAUCCCAGUAGUCCCGAGAAGUUCUACUCAAACCUGCGAAUCUUUCUGCGAAGUAACUUGACGGUCAACAAGACAUUUUAUCACAUCUGCAGGGUGUUACUGUACCGGUAUCUGAACUUUACGUCUGCCAGGGGUUUCAAUAAACUGCUAGAGUCGUUGAGAAGUAGUCCUGAAGUGCUGCGUUACAUUGAAGUCGCGGAUUUCCAGGAACUAACAUCCAUUGGGCUCGGGAGAUCUGGACAGAUGAACAAGAGCAUCAAAAACCUUACAAACGAGACUCUGUGGGAGUUUUUGAGCUACACACAGAGAAGUCUCAGGGAGUUUUUGGCCAGUGAACACAUCCAGGCAGACUUGGACGAACGCAUUAUUCAUUUUCUCUUGGAGCCAGGUACGGUUCUCAGCGUUGUCGACUUCUGUGGCUGUUCCCAUGAUAGCUUUACUACUAGGUUUUCUGCAGCUGUGGAGCAGCUUUAUAGCAACGAUCAGCCAAUUGCUUACAAUUACCAGAUCACCGCUCUUGGCCUCAACGACUGCACCACAAUUACACCCAAAACUUUGGGACGACUCUUGAUGACGCUUCCAGAGCUCCAAAAGCUAGAUCUCGCUCGAACUGCCAUCGACGACCGUACCUUGAUCAGUGAUAUCCCGCAUUUGAAGAAUCUCACCCAUUUGUCGCUCGCGAUGUGCUCUCAACUGACACCAAGAGGGGUUUUGGAGUUUUUCAGCUAUCACCCCGCAGUAACAGACAAAGACAACAUCUCUACACUACAAUGGCUCAAUGUACAAGUUCAUCCUCACUCGUCCUCUUGGACAGACGUGCAAUUGAUGUUUUUACUCAAGAAACUAUGCCACUAUGGCCAUAACAAAACCAUGCAAUACCUCAAUAUUGGAGGGUUACCAAUGCAUAUCACAGAUGACACCACCGCUGUCAAAACGACAAGUUACUGGCAGUGUCAAGACACACUGCAUUUCAUCAAGAUAAACUUUCCUAGACUGAAAAGUCUGAGCAUUAAGGAUAACAACAUUACGAUUCCCAAAUUAACGCAUUUUCUGUCGCCGCUUCAAAAUGAAGAGGUGGCACCUCAGCAUUUAAAGUUUCUCAACAUAGCCAAUAACGCUUAUUUGAACAGAUGGACCAUUCAGGACCCUGCAAUUUUCAGUCAUUCGAAGACCCUCUGUGCUCUCGAGAUGUCAUUUGACCCAUGGCAGCAAAUUGAAGCUUCCAACGCGAAGCAUGAAAUAACCUGUCGGCUUUCUAACAGUAAGUCUUUGAUCCAGGACUAUUCGUUGUCACAGUUGGUGAAAUGGAGGUGUUACAUUGGAUCUGCUUAUGGCAGGAGAUACUGGAUUUACAAAACCGACAAGUACUUGAAUCGAGAAGAUCUCGAAACCCGAGGUUUCAUGACCACAUACGACACGCAAGGCAACAAGAUCAUCGACAUUGUGAAACAACCAGACUUUUUAAAGUUCGCUCAAACGAAAAUCAUGCUUGGAUGCGGGAUUGUUGGACAAAGCCGGUUCCGGAGAAACCAAACUUACCGAGACCAUAAGCCGCCGGUGUCACGCUUUUUGAACAGAGACAAAGCUCUUGCCCUGAGCCCUGCCAUCUCACCACCACAGGAAUCCCCGGCGUUUUUACCAGGCGGAUGGAGGGUUAUUGAAAACCAACACAACACAGACCAGGAAUCCGAAGACAUUGCAGCGAGCGAAGAUGAAGACGAAGUGGGACCCGCAUCAAGAAACGGACUUUACUGGGAUCGCUCUUUGCAGAAUCUGCAAGUUGUGGAACCGGUCGAAACGGAUUCUGACUAUCUCAACAGCCCCGAGCUACAGCGUCGCAGGUCGGCACUGUGCUUGUUUAACGGCUAUUCUGGCAGCAAUCAAUCCCCUGCCAAUCGUCUCAAAACUGAGACAGAUAUUGCGAAGCUGUUAAAUUCCAGCAACGCGCAAAUGGCCGAUUUUUAUUCGACAAAUUCUGACCUUGAUGACUACUCUAAGAUAUACCGGACACAUCUGGUCGUUGCUACCGAAUACAACGUAUUUGGGUGCGUCGAACGGGGCAUGUACCGGUACUACAGCUUGAAAUCAUGA